AUUGUAGAAUUACGAUAAAGGCACGUAGCCGAAUGAAACGUCGUCGUUCUAAUGCUUCCUUCUGUGCCGUUUACCUUGGACACAUUACGCUAUCCCCUGGCAGCAUCACUUCCACACAAAUAAAUAUCACCGCUUUGUCCUCUCUUUUCUCUAUCUAGUUUCCGUUUCUGCUCUAGCCUUACCAUUUUCCUUAGCUUUUACCAGUCGAGAGCUUAUCGUUUGUUGUUUAUCUAUCUCUGUCAAUGGCGAAGGAAACUGUUCGCGUUCUUGUCACUGGUGCUGCAGGACAAAUUGGAUAUGCCCUUGUCCCCAUGAUUGCUAGGGGAGUGAUGCUUGGUCCUGACCAACCUGUGAUCCUCCACAUGCUUGAUAUCCCACCUGCAGCAGAGGCAUUGAAUGGUGUGAAGAUGGAGUUAGUAGAUGCUGCUUUUCCUCUUCUUAAAGGCGUUGUGGCUACAACUGAUGUUGUUGAGGCUUGCACUGGGGUAAACAUUGCUGUCAUGGUUGGUGGCUUCCCUAGGAAAGAAGGAAUGGAGAGAAAAGAUGUAAUGUCAAAAAAUGUGUCAAUUUACAGGUCCCAGGCUUCAGCUUUAGAGAAGCAUGCAGCUGCAAAUUGCAAGGUUCUGGUUGUUGCCAACCCAGCAAACACAAAUGCAUUGAUUUUGAAGGAAUUUGCUCCGUCUAUCCCCGAGAAAAAUAUUACUUGCUUGACAAGACUGGAUCAUAACAGGGCACUUGGUCAAAUCUCAGAGAGAUUGAAUGUCCAAGUCUCUGAUGUUAAGAAUGUGAUCAUUUGGGGGAAUCAUUCAUCAACUCAGUACCCUGAUGUCAACCAUGCUACUGUUAAGACUCCAUCUGGGGAGAAGUCUGUCCGGGAGCUUAUUAAAGAUGAUGAAUGGUUGAAUGCAGAGUUCAUCACUACAGUCCAACAACGUGGGGCUGCAAUUAUCAAAGCUCGAAAGCUUUCAAGUGCAUUAUCUGCUGCUAGUUCUGCUUGUGAUCAUAUUCGGGAUUGGGUUCUUGGAACUCCUGAGGGCACCUGGGUUUCCAUGGGUGUAUACUCUGAUGGCUCAUACAAUGUACCAGCUGGGCUGAUUUAUUCUUUCCCAGUCACAUGCCAAAAUGGAGAGUGGAAAAUUGUUCAAGGACUUCACAUUGAUGAAUUUUCGAGGAAGAAGUUGGACUUGACAGCAGACGAGCUCUCUGAGGAGAAGGCCCUUGCUUACUCAUGUCUCUCAUAAAUGCUCUCUUUCCAUCACUGGUCUGUAGUAAGUGGGCCUCUCUCAUCUUUUGUUGCGGGAGGCAUAGUUACAGUUUUGAAUAAAGCCAAUUAAGUUUUAGAUGAACCAUCACUGAUGGAGAAACUGUAUUUUGGAUCUUAGUUUGUUGCCCGUCAUCUGAUAUGAGGAUGUUUGAAUUUUUAUGACUGAAUGGAUUGAGAUUUAACGUCUGCUUAA